GCUUACAAAGUUCAAAAGCAUAAAUUGACACCAUUUACACCCUUGUGUUCUACUAUCUCCUUGCUAACAUGGCACUCUUCUUAUUGUUCCCAAUUCUUCUCUACUUGUUUCACGUUAUUUUACGUGACCUCCGGCGAAUUCGAAAAUUUUCAGGCCAUGGCCCGCCAAACUAUCCUAUCAUUGGGUGCUUGAUUUCCUUCUACGAGCACCGCAAUCACCUCUUAGACUGGUAUACCGAGUUACUCACGGAGUCAGCAACCAACACAAUUGUGGUGCACCGCUUUGGUGCACCACGGACCAUAGUCACGGCAAAUCCAGAGAAUGUAGAGUACAUGCUCAAGACAAACUUUAACAACUUCCCCAAAGGCAAGCCAUUCACCGAAAUCCUUGGGGACUUUCUUGGCUGUGGAAUAUUCAAUGUGGACGGAGAACUUUGGAACAGCCAGCGGAAGUUGGCCAGCCAUGAGUUCAGCGCCAAGUCCCUGCGAGAAUUUUUCAUGAAUGCCUUGGAGGAAGAAGUGGAACACCAGUUGUUGCCCAUGCUAGAGUCGCUGGCCUCCGCAAAUGAAGUGGUCGACUUGCAAGAGUUGCUGAGGCGACUUGCCUUCAAUAUGGUUUGCAAAGUUUCCUUGGGAAUAGAUCGUUUUUGCUUAGAUCCUUCCCUACCCAUUCCACCACUAGCAAGGGCUUUUGACAUGGCGUCAGAGGUAUGUGCAAGGCGUGGAGCUGCGCCUCUUUUCAUUGUUUGGAAGAUUAAAAGAUGGCUUGGAGUAGGAUCUGAGCGAAGGCUAAAGGAUGCUGUCAAAGAAGUCCAUGCCUACGUGACUGGUAUAAUUCAAAAUAGGAAGAAAAAGAUUAAUCAAGGUGAGGUUCACAGCGAAGAUGAUCUCCUAUCUCGGUUCAUAUCAGCAGGCCAUGAAGAUGAGGUUAUAAGAGAUAUGGUGAUAAGCUUCAUCAUGGCAGGGAGGGACACAACUUCAGCAGCCAUGACAUGGCUCUUCUGGUUGCUUUCCUGCCAUCCAGAUACAGAGCAAGAACUAUUGAAGGAAAUAGAGUAUGUGAGGGAGGAUGUGCUGGAUUAUGAAUCAUUGAAGGAGUUGGUGUUGUUGAAGGCAUGUCUUUGCGAGUCCAUGAGGCUCUACCCACCGGUGGCCUGGGACUCCAAGCAUGCUAUUGUCAACGACUUGUUGCCCGAUGGUACUCCUAUCAGUGCAGGAGAUAGGUUGACUUACUUCCCUUACGGUAUGGGAAGAAUGGAAGCACUGUGGGGGAAGGACCAGUUCGAAUUCAAACCGGAUAGGUGGUUUAUCGAACCGGACAAGGAGAGAGGGGCACUGAAGAAGGUGUGCCCCUACAAGUUUCCAAUUUUUCAGGCCGGUCCAAGGGUGUGUCUCGGGAAGGAGAUGGCUUUCAUUCAGAUGAAGUACGUUGUGGCUUCCAUUCUUAGGCGGUUCGAAAUUAGACCCGUCAGUUCAGACAGGCCGGUCUUUGUACCACUCCUGACAGCUCACAUGGCUGGCGGGUUAAAGGUUUUGGUUCGCAAGAGGGGCACGCUGAGGUAGGCUUAAGAAACUCAGGAAAAUAAAUCGAAUAAAAUAGUAAUAGUCAGUGGUUAUUAUAAUUCUGAUUUGUUGGAGGUGUAAGUGUAACAUGCCACUCUGCCUCAUUUGUAUUAUAAAUACACGGGUGUUGAAGAUAUACAAAACUAUCAUAAAGUAA